GAAGGUUCCGGGGCCGCGAUGGCUCCGGACCCCUGGCUCCCGCUGCUCGCUGCCGCCCGCCAGCUCGCCCAGGACAUCGCCGAGAAGCUGCAGGAGCGGAGCCGCUGCCAGCGGAGCGGGGAGAGCUCGGCCAAGGUCAACGUGGCCAUCAGGUCCUCACUGCAGAGCCUCAGGGAGAAGAUCGAGCAGCUGAGGGAGCAGCUGCUGCGGGCGGUGUCCACUCGGCAGAUCACCCAGCUGGAGGGGGACAGGAGGCAGAACUUGGUGGAUGAGCUCGUGACACGGCACAGGCAGCUGGAGGCAUCCUACAGGAAUGAAGGCCCCGAGCCAGACAUGAGCAGGUCCAGCCUCAUGGCAGGAGGGGCCAAACGAGGCGUCACCAACCCCUGGCUCUUGGAAGAAUCGGAGGAGACCAGAGGACUUGGCUUUGAUGAGCUCAGGCAGCAGCAGAGAAGGAUCAUUGAAGAACAAGAUGCUGGGCUCGAUGCUCUUUCUUCAAUCAUAUCCAGGCAGAAACAAAUGGGGCAGGAGAUUGGCAAUGAGCUGGACGAGCAGAACGAGAUCAUCGAUGACCUGACGAGCCUGGUGGAGAGCACGGACGGGCGGCUGCGCAGCCAGACACGGCACGUGCAGGCAGUGGAGAGGAAAUCCACGUCCUGUGGGAUGCUGGUGGUGAUCGUGCUGCUGCUCAUCGCCAUCGCUGUGGUCGCGCUCUGGCCCACGGGGUAACCCCAACCCUGCUGGGGCAGCUGCUCCAGGGGAGCCCCAGGGCUCGGGCAGGACCUGCUGAGGGCAGGGAUCAGCUCCAUCCAUCGCGGGGACAACCCCACAGCUGGGAAUGAACCCAGCAGAUUGAACAAACCCACAGCUGGGAAUGACCCCAGCAGAUUGAACAAACUGCAGGAGCCUGGACAGACCCACAGCUGGGAAUGAACCCAUUGCAGCAGAUUGAACAAACCCACAGCUGGGAAUG